AGAAACGCGGAAGCUUUACACACAAGGACAGUGAAUCAGAUUAAAGGUGUCAGCUGCGUUUAUUCGAGGUUAAACAUGGCGCGGCUGUUGAGGAGCAGUGUGCGGCUUUAUUACACUUCUCAGAUUCGCAUGAGCUCGGAUCAGCUUGGUGAGUUGGGAAAAGGUGCCGGUAAAGGAGGAGGAGCUGGAGGAUCUAUCAGAGAAGCCGGUGGGGCAUUCGGCAAGAAGGAGGCCGCUGAAGAAGAACGCUAUUUCAAGCAGAAGGAGAAGGAGCAGCUGGCUGCGUUGAAGCAGCACCACCAUGAGGAGAUCGAUCACCAUAAGAAAGAGAUCGAGCGUCUGCAGCGCGAGAUCGACCGUCAUAAGGGCAAGAUCAGAAAGCUCAAACACGACGACUGAGCUCAUUCCAGUUGGGGGGUUCGUUCAGUUUCGGCUCACGGUGACUCAGGGCUGCUCUGAGAAGCAGCUUGUGUAAUUGCUGCAUGGCCUUAAUCUCUUAAUGGAAGAAUUAAUAAAGGUUGUAGAAUAUUUUCAAA